UGUCACGUCAUGACGUCGAACGUACGUUUUUGACGUCCCAUCCCGCCCCGUAGUUGUGUUUGCAUUGUUCGACGUGCUGGAAACGAGCAAAUACAGGCAGGAUGUUGCGUCUUCGCUGUAAGACAAAAAACGGGAGUCACGUGAUGCAAGGGUUGACUCACCAAUCGUGUGUGCAAGAGUUAAAAAGCAAAGUGGAGGAGCUGACCGGCAUCCCUUGCGAGGUGCAGAAAAUCAUGGUGGGCUACCCGCCUUCCAGCCUGGACCUGCGCAACGGGGACGCUCACCUCAAGGACUACCCCAUCAAGUCUGGCGACACGCUUAUUGUGGAGGAGGAUAAAAACAAGGCCAAGCUGGGCACCCAUCCCAUCGUCACCAAAACGCCUCGCUUGAACGCUUUACCAACACUGGCGCGCCGCGUGGUGCCGGCCGACAACUCGUGCCUGUUCACCAGUGUCAACUUUGUGGUGGAGGGCGGCGUGUACGACCCGGCGUGCGCCCCGGAGAUGCGCGGCCUCAUCGCCCAGAUCGUCUCCAGUGACCCGGCAGCGUACUCUGAGGCUGUUCUGGGCAAGAGCAACGAGGACUACUGUGCCUGGAUCCGGCGCGACGACACAUGGGGUGGCGCCAUCGAAGUGUCCAUCCUGUCCAAGUUUUACCAGUACGAGAUUUGCGUGGUGGAUACACAGACUGUACGCGUGGAUCGCUUUGGGGAGGACGCCGGCUACCGCAAGCGCGUGCUUCUCAUCUACGACGGCAUCCAUUAUGACCCGCUGCAGAGGGAGGUGCCCGGCGCGCCCCCCCAGACCAUCUUCUCCACCGGCGAUGACAUCAUCCUGGCGCAGGCCCUGGAGCUGGCCGACGAGGCUCGCCGCAAGCGCCAAUUCACGGACGUCAACCGCUUUGCACUGCGGUGCAUGGUCUGCCAGACGGGCCUGGUAGGACAGAAGGAGGCCCGCGAGCAUGCUAAGGAGACGGGCCACACCAAUUUUGGCGAAGUCUGAAACAUUUACUUGCUUCUGUUUGUGUGCCACCCCUCCACGUUAUGUGGCCGUCUACCUCGGCGUUUCCCGACCUUUACUGAACCAAGUUGCGUAUUUUAAAGAAAAAAAAAAUAUCUCCUGGCACACCACCAAACACAAAUAGCAAAAAGUAUGUAUUAGAGCUGAACAAUUUUGAAAAUCAUUUAAUUGCUAUUUCAUUUGUGAUUAUUUUUUUCAAGGUCAGGUUUUAUUAUCCAAAAAUGGUUUUGGUCUUAUAUGCUAAAAUAAGGGUAAGUGUAGCCCAAAUGAAUAAGACACACAUCUUGAUCCACUUUAGUUAAAAUUCACUCCGACAACUUCACAAUUCUGCCAAACAAGCGUGGCAAAAACAUAAGUCAGAAAGUCAUAUUUGAUUACAAACAAAUCUGUUGUCUUAUAAGACAAGAAAAGAAAUCCUUUGUCUCACAAUGGAGAAAUUCCCAAUUUACUGCAGAACAAAAGUGUGUGUGUGGGUGUGUGUGUGUGUGUGUGUGUAUAUGUAUAUAUAUAUAAUAUAUACACACUGUAUAUGUUCAUGUUUCACAAAACAGUAACUUGAACUGCCUGGUGUGAAUUAAAAAUUGCAUUCUCUUAUAUUGCAUUAUUAGAUGGAAUUUGAUUAAUUGUUCAGCCCUAAUAUGUAUGGUGUGCCCCCCACCGACGCAUUUGCAAUUUCACUUAUUUGCCGACUUUUUUUGGGGGGGGUGGCGGGGCAAAAUAUUCUCCGAUUCACAUUUUUGUGCUCUUUCCGAAACACCAUGAAGAUGGCACCAAGCCCUGUCUAAAAGAAAAGUACUGCUUUGGCUCCAUUUUGUGGCAUCAAAAGGCAAUCAUAAGUCUCUUGGUGGGGGGGGGAUUACUUGCAUUAUUCUGUUGUAUGAAUGGCAACAGGAUGACAUGCAGGUUAAUUGAACACCAUCAGAAGAGCAUUUAAUUGUUCUGUCUGUCACAAUACAUCACUGGCAUAGAUAGAUCAGCAAAGGUAAAUUAUUUGUUGUAAAUCAUUUCCAAACCAAGUAAGUGAAAUUGCCGCGGCUCAGUAGUUUGGUAUCACUGGUCUACCUCACCGACAUCCACAACAUUUAACUGGCCACCCAGCACUGGUAAUGCCAUUAUUCUCCAGAUCGGCCUCGACCGGUCAAAAUUUAAUCCACCUUUGUCAACAUUUUAGAAAACACCUCUGCCUACAGAAUAUGUCUGCCUUCAACAUACUACCUGGCCAUUUUCAUCUCGCUGUCGUUGUGUUGAAACAUUGCAAAACCAAAACAAUCACUAACUAACUACACAAACGGUUGGUUUGUUGAGCCAUGAAAGGUGAAGUCAACCCCACCCCCACCCCCAAAAUAUUUUCACAGCGUGCCUUCACUAGUCUCAACACGGCAUGGCUAAGUGACAGAAAACAGGUGGGCCGUGAUUGGUUGUUAACUGAUCCCUGACCGACUGUCAUGAGUCGACCGCAGGUUGCAAACUGGCCGCUCCGUCAGAUGGACAAAAACGGUUGGAUUUUACUGUUCAAAUCAUAUUGCACAGAUGCUAGACCAGUGGGGUUGCAGAGAACAUAUUCCCGUAAAGAAAAUGGUCUGGUUGACUUCCCCUUGAAUUGCAUUGCCAAAGAUUGCAAGCCAAUUCUUGACGCUCAGUAAUUUGGCCAAGUAACCAACGUAGGGAUUUAUUUUAAUGGGAUGGACUGUGUACAUUUUGGACAAAAACACAUGGUCAUUUCUGCAAAUGGUGCAGAGAGGAGUUGUGCUAUUUUGUCCGGUAGUCAGUUAAUACUGAUCAUAUGCAGAAGAUGAUGCUAGCACGAUAAAUUUGGUCAGAAUGUCAGAACAAAAAUGAACCAAGUUGGCAGCACGACGAAUGGUCACACUCUCUCGUACUUUUGUUUUGAUCAUUUCCCUUUGUCUUUGCUGACCAUGGUUUACUCCGCUUAAAAUUGUCUUGAUUUGUGUGUGGGGGGAAGUAAAAUUGACCAAAUUUGAAAGUUUAGCAGGUAACGUCAAUCUAGAGUUUUGUUUUAAACUAAAAUGAGAAAAUGUUUGUUUUUAUUUAAAAUAAGAUAAUCUCAUUUAACAUGAAGCGUUAACAUCUCAGGUCAGAAUUUCUCAUGUGUAUUCAAUGAAACGCAAUGAACAUCUCAUUUUGUCAACUCAAGUAGGUUCCACACUUGCUGACUUUUAAAUUGAGAGGGGCCCCACAUACACACAAGAAAGUGUGCUAAGUAAAUACGUAGGAAAUUUGCUCAGAUUUGUACAGAUUGUCUUUGUGUGCCCUUGCAAAACAAUUUUGCUUUUUGUUCAACAUAUGUGGAGGUACAGUAAUGUUUUCUUUAAUCGGACAUCAUGCUGAGUCUACGUUCCCAGUGGGGGAAAAUGGCUCACCAACUUUGCCUCGUUUUAGCUAUGACCCUCUUAAUGUUAGACUCGUUUAUUUCUCAGCUGUGUUUAGGUCUUGGUGGAGGUCUUCGGUUACACACAUACAUGACUGAAAACUACCUGAACACAAGACACGUAGUGACGGAACUGGUCAAAUUGUUACGUGACACUGACUUUCAAACUCUCUUUUGAAAAUAAUAGGAAACAGGAUUGACUUCAAACUUGGAAUUGCAAAAACUAACAUUUUAACAUGCCUAUUUUUUAUGCAAGACAAAAAUGAAAGUCAGUCCUCGUCUUUUGAGGAUUCCCAUUAAAGUCCUUUCCCGCGUGGCACAUUUCUUGUGUCGUGCCUGUCAAGGGAUGAUGAAUCUUCCUCGUCCCCCAAAAGAAUAAUUGUAGGGAAAAGUACAGGUGUGCGUUAAAAAAUAAUAUGAAAAAGUUGAUUUAGUUCAGUAAUGCUAUUUAAAAUGUGAAACUUGUGUAAUGCAAACAUUCAUUACGCUGAAUGACACAUUUCAAGUGUUAAUUCAUUUAAAUUUUGACGCUUAUAUCUGAAAAUUAAUAUAACGAGCACCUGUGUCUUUAGAUGCUCACUAAGAUGCAGACUUGUUUCAUGAUAGUUUGACUUUCGAGGCUUUUUUGUUUCGAUUUAUUUCAUGGGGAGGGCGAUUGGAACCCCAUUAAGUGUUCAACUUGGCGUUCUGUGAUGUCCCCCCCAGACCGCCAGGGGCAGUGUUGAGAUCACGGAAUAUGUGGCGUUUCACUGUUGAUUUUUCUUGAUUUGAUUUUCCUGAGAUGGUAAAACUUGAAGUGAAUUUUUUGUUUCGGUUUGUGUGCUUAUUUCAUUUCAAGUAGAUGGCAAAUAAUGGUGCUGUCAACAAAAGAGACUUAAUUUUUCUGUUCACUAAAUUGUAAUUUUUGUUGUGAAUUUGAAUAAUGUGAAAAUGUUGACACUUAUUUCAAGUUUUAUGAGGAGAAUGUCGCUCAGUACAAGGUUGCUGCCAAAAAGUCAUGUCAAGAUUUUCUUGUUUUAAUGUGAACUGCUACUAUUUUUCACCUUGCCAUUUCUCAAGUUCUCAUCACUACUCUUCCAUGAAUGUUGCACACCAAACAUUACAUAACUGGAUUUACUUGACUUUUUCUGCAGUGUUGUGUCACAAGUAAAAGAUAGAGACAGUC